GUAUGGUAUAGUGCAGUACAGCAAUAGGCACUGCCAUGCUUUGCCUGUAAUUUUCUGUGGUAAUUAAUUAGCCAAUCUUAUUACCAAAAUCUGACCUAGCUAGGCAACUAGAAUGGAUGAUUUAUCGGUGAUAAGGUCAAGUAGAAGCCUAGUUAGGCCAGCAACGAGGGAUACACCAACAGGAAUGCUUGAGCUGUCGGUGAUCGAUAGAUUGCCGGUACUAAGAUGCUAUACUCGAACGCUGCAUGUGUAUAGAGAUGGGCCAAGAGCAAGAGCAGCACAAGUCAUAAAAGAAGCCCUGGGAAAGGCAUUGGUUCCCUACUACCCUCUUGCUGGACGACUCCAUCAAGGCCAAGGUCAAGGUGAUCAUCAUCAUCAUCAGCUUCAGAUUGCAUGCUGUGGAGAAGGCGUUUGGUUCGUGGAAGCAUCUGCUAAUUGUACCCUUGAUGCUCUCAAUUACUUUGACAGCGUUUCGUCCCACCACCAUAUCCCAUAUGAUAAGCUGCUUCCUGAUCCUCCUCCUCCUCAAACUCAUACUCAAACUGCUCAAGGUGACUGUGUAGUUGAACCCCUCGUACUCAUGCAGGUGACUCAAUUUGAAUGUGAUGGAUUCGUUAUUGGCCACCACAGCAUCUGUGAUGGACUGGGAGCUGCACAAUUCUUGCAAGCGGUAGGUGAGCUUGCUAGAGGUUUAGAACAUCUCAGCGUUGCACCUGUGUGGCAGAGGGAUUUUCUUCCGCCACGGCCACGGCCAUCAUCACCGUCACCAUCACCUCCACAAGAAAAACAAGAACAGCUGCAGCGUGAAUUGUUGCCGCCAAUCAAAUACCAGCUCGAGCAUGCCAACAUUGACAUUUCUUUGGAUCAGAUCAAUGAGUUGAAGCAGAAAUUUCAUGAGUCAACGGGCCAAACUUGCUCUGCCUUUGAAAUUGUAGCUGCUAUCAUGUGGAAAAAUCGGACAAUGGUGGCAAUAAACUUGGAGAAGGAGGAGGAGAAUGACAAAGAAGAUGAUGAUGAUGAUGAUGAUGAAAAAAACACAAAAGAAGAACAAGUGGUGAAGCUCGUGUUCUUUGCAAAUUGCCGUCAGCUCCUGCAGCCUCCAUUGCCGGAAGGAUUCUACGGCAAUUGUUUCUUUCCAGUGGCAGUCACUGCCUCAAGGGAUACCCUCUCGCGGGCAUCAAAUGCACAUGUGGUCAAGAUGAUCCAAGAAGCCAAGGCUAAUCUGCCUAAUGCAUUUCGGAAUUGGACAAACAAAAACAAGGAUGGUGGUAGUGGUGAUGAAAAUGAUGGUGAGGGCGACCCAUUCACACCGCCCCUGGCCUACAACACGUUGUUCAUAUCAGAGUGGGGCCGCCUGGGUUUUAACCAGGUGGACUAUGGGUGGGGCCCUCCAGUCCACGUUGUUCCAGUACAAGGAUCCACCAUCAUACCCGUUGGGAUCAUGGGCUCACUUCCUUCCCCGAACAAAGGCAUCCGUCUCAUGACAUGGUGCGUUCAGAACCCCCAUCUCCACCCCUUUCUUCAUCAAAUGUCUCUCUCUCUCUCUCCCUCAAAUAAAUUAAUACAUUAAAUUGAAGCGCACUGCUAUAUACAUAUACAUAUAUAUCACCAAAAUAUUUCACAAUAUUUUACUCUCUUUUUUAUGUAAAAUAAAUCCAGUUAUAAACAGCAUUUCCCUAAAUUGAGUUGUAAGAAUCCGCCAGUACACUUGUGUAAAGGAAUAAGCAGCAGAGGUUGUGCUGCUCCAAACCAAACCUAUUCUAGUAUACAGCAAUGAUUUAGAGCUCUAAAUAAGAAGUUCUAAAUCCACCACCAGUGAGGUGGAAAUUAAAAAAAAAAAAAAA